CUCGUCAUGAUCCCGACGGUGACGUUCUUGUCGCUGGUGGCGGUGGUGGGGGUGACCGGAAACGGCCUCGUACUGUUCGUUUACGCGAGAAGAUUUUCAAAGACGCCCCUGAGAAUUUUAAUAAUAGCCAUGGCCGGGUUUGACAUCGUAACUAAUACAGUUGUUGUACCAGGUAAGUUGUGCAAGACGCAGUUGUUGUACCAGGUAAGUUGUGCAAGACACAGUUGUUGUGCCAGGUAAAUUGUGCAAGACACAUUUGUUGUACCAGAUAAGUUGUGCAAGACACAGUUGUUGUACCAGGUAAGUUGUGCAAGACACAGUUGUUGUACCAGGUAAGUUGUGCAAAAAACAGACGUUAUGCCAGGUAAGUUGUGCAAGACACAGACGUUAUACCAGGUAAGUUGUGCAAGACACAUAUUGUUAUAAUUGGUAAGUUGUACAGGACACAGUUGUUAUACCAGGUAAGUCGUGCAAGACUCAGACGUUAUACCAGGUAAGUUGUGCAAGACAUAGAUAUUAUAACAGGUCAUUUGCACGGGGCACAGCUGUUAAACCUCGUAAAUUGUGCAAGACACUGAUGGUUAUAUUUGGUAAGGUGUACAGGACACAGUUGUUAUUCCUGGUAAGUUUUGUAAGACACAGAUAUUAUAACUGGUUAGCUGUACAGGACACAGUUGUUAUACCUGUCUUUCUAUAUCCCAAUUGCACAUGUGGAUUGUUGCUUUCAAGUUAUACCUAAUCUUAAUUUUCAAAGUUGUAUUUCUUGUAUACAUUUUGCAUUGAUUUUCAAUCUGGACUAGCUAAAUUAACGAGAUGUUAUGAUUCAUAAAUCUAUUGGAUAUACAUUAACAACAGGCAUUGAUGUUUUUCAGGUGAAAUUUACGAUUCUUACCAUUUCUGGGAUUUCGACAAUCCACUUCUUUGUCAGAUUAGACAGUUUAUCAAUGCCUCGGCAAUCAUUGCUUCUAAUUCAAUUUUACUGGCCAUAGCUGUUACUAUGUGAGUAAAUGUUGACUAUAGCUGUCACUAGCUGAGUUAUAUUGACCAUAUCUGUGACUAGGUAAUGGUAAUUGCAUCUUACAUUUUAUAAUGCAAGUGUAUCCAUAGCUUUCCUUUAGUAAGUGGACGGUCAUCUAAUCUGUCCACAGGCAAGUGUACGUUUUCCAUAGCUGUAAAUAGGUAAGAGUAAUUUGUCCAUAGUGGCCAAAAAGUAUUCAUAAGCUCAUCUAAUCCAUCACAUGUCAAGUCUGAUGAACACAGCUAUUACCAUGCAAGUGUAAUUCAAUUUGUGAAUACCUUUCUUUGACAUCCCAUCAGGUAUCGAAAAAUUUGUAGGCCGUUUUGUAGACAAGUGGAUGCAGCUCAAGCUAAAGUCAUCAGUGUGGCCAUAGCUGUUGUAGCCAUGAUCUUCUCCGUUCCGUACGCCAUCAUUCACGGUCGCCAGAAAAAAAGCACUCAUGUUCUUGGGGUCGAUGGCUACUUCUGCGAAGUUGACGACAAUUACAAACAAACGAUAUGGCCGACCAUCAACUCUGGA